CUCCAACAUCUAGCACCCACCUGUCCUCUCCGACGCCCCUGCACACACCCACCCCGCCCGGGCGGCGGCCGUCAUGCCGUCCUCCUUCCUCCGCGCCGGCGUAAACGCGCUCCGCGACCGCUCCCGCGCCGUCGCUGCGUUCGCCGGCGGCGGCGGCGGUGGUGCAGCACCUCACGACUCCGUGCCCCUUCCCCUCCCCCUCAGCAGCUGGCACCUCGCACCCGAGAGCCUCUUGGACGUCAAGCGUCUCCUGUUCUGGGCUGCGGCAUGCGUGCUCCUCCUUGUCCUCGUCGCCGCAACAUGCCCCGCCGAGUCGUCCUUCCGCGUUCACCUCACCGAGCUCGCGUUCCGUCGCCACCUCGCGCACAUCCGCUCCUCGGACGCGCCCGAGGAAGGUGCCCGCGCGACCAACGGUCAUGCGACCAGUCCCGGCACCAGCAGUGGCACCGAUACACCAAUCGCGCCAUUCCGCUUUGCCAACCACGUCGCCAUCACUCUGCGCACGCCCAACAUGUGCUACCGGUCUCUGUUUUUCUUCGCCCUCGCCUUCGCUGCACCCCCCUUGCCGCCAGUCUACCUCUCCGACCCGGUGAUGGGCAAGCCUCCCAAGGCCUCCGGGCCACCCAAGCCCGAGCCCACUGUCGCUUACCUCGGUGUUCUUGGGCACUGGUUCAUGCUUGGACACGUCCCCGAGUCUCUGCAGUCGUCCUGGGGAUAUGUCGCCCGGAUGGGCCGACGUGACAAGGCUCGCAAAAAGUCUGCCGCUCUGGACCGCGCUGGGGUCAUGGAGAUGCGUGCCGUUGCACCAAAGGACGAAUCGCCUGGAACUGGGUCCAGGCCCUCGGCGCUCGUGCCCAAGCUCCUCUUCAAAACUGACUCGCACAAAGAUCUCGCCGAUUUGCUACCACUUCAUUCGACCCCGUCUUCCAUACCAUCUGUGGGACCGGGCUCGCGGCGUGGGUCAGUGUCUACACUUGCUCCUCCACCAAUUCCGCCCCAACAACCCGAUCCGUCUAUCGAAAUCACCUCGCCCGUGCUCACGGCGCUCAAGUCCGACUUGGCCGCUGCGCAGGCCGUGCUCACUGAACUGCAGACACAGCUGGCCGCGCACGACGAGUCAGUCGCUGCAUCCCAAGCGCAUUUACAAUCCACAGUCGACGAGCUGCGGCAGCGGCGCAAAGACGACGAUGCCGAACGCCAAGAUCUCAAGUCUAAAACCAAGACGCUUGAGGACCAGAAGCGGCAGGCAGAAGCGGCGCGCCGCGACGCCGACAAGCGGCUCAGGGCUGCGGAAUCCGUGCGCGACGGACUGCAGGCCAAGAUUGCCACGGCGUUCGGCGAGAUUGAGGAUCUGAGGGAGCAGAUGAGGGCAAGCGAGAAGCAGGUCAAGAUUGUAAGCAAAGAGGGCGCGCAGCAUGUGGUCGACACUCGUGCUGCGGUGGAGCAGAAGAAUGAGGAACUGGGCGAGCUCGACACCCAGAUUUCCCAACUCGACACGGCAAUCGAAUCGCUAAGCAAACAAGUGACCGAAGCCGAGGACAAGCUCAAGGCUGCCGAGACAGCUGCCGAGGAGGCGCGCAAGAUUGCGCCCGAAGAGGAGAUGAUGCUUAUGGCUGCCGCGUACGAGGCGGCCGCGAGCGAGUCGUACCACCACGGGCAGCGCCAAAACCAGGCCGAUAGCCGCUGGGCGUCGCAGGCCGCGGCCUACAUGGCCGAGGCAGGGUUCCCGCAACUCGACGAGUCGUACACUGCGCGCCCCACGGCGAACAACAACAGCACUACGGCCGGCGGUUACGCACACCUUGCACGCGCGCACCCGCACAACGCUUCUUACCGUAGCCUCAACGACAAGCGGGUUGCAGACGUCGCCGGCUUCGAGGACUUUGGCCCUGGUGCGUCACGCUCGCUCGCGCCGCACCGCUUGUCGACACCUCCUAUCCAAGUACACAUGGACGAGGCGUCCGAACACGGUUCACCGAGCACGGGGUCGGCAUCGUUCCCCAACUCGUGGCUUCCACAGGGGCUUGUGCGCUCGCUUGAAGGUGGCGAUACGCCGCUCGACAGUGGUGCGUCCGAGACUGAGAGAGACGACUCGCUAUUUGCGUCGCUCGAGGACGCGCUUGCUGCUGGACCCUCGGACGAGGGCUCACCCAACUACGACUCGGACCAGGACUCGCCUAUCGGCUGGCCGUCAUCCGCGCCCGCAUCGGGCGAGCGCAAGGUAACACCAACGGGGGUUUCGCGCUUCCACUCGACUCCGCCGGGUAUGAGCGGAAUGGGCGGCUCGGCUUCAACGCUACCCGGGAUGGGUGCGCUUCCGUCUUCGCGCCGCUGGUUCUCAACUUCGCCCAGCAGCGAGAAUGUGAGCUCGUUCCACCUGUUCAACGCUGGGCUCGGCUCGAGCGACUCGCUUCCGGGCUUUGAGAAUGCGUUCGCCCCCUCUGCCAAGGAGAAGAUGGCGCUCAAAUGGCCCCUUCUCGGCAAGAGCAGAUGGACGGGACAGCAGCGCAGCAUCAGCGCGCUGGACGAAGUGACCGCGAAUCUUAAGCACGACCUCGGGCCCAUCGGCAGCGGGAGCCCGCGCUCGCCUGGCCCUGGUCCCUCGGCUUCGGGCACAGGUACGGGCGCAUUCACGCCCGGCCCGAGCGUGGAGGAGAUCUUCAACCGCGCGCCCGGCGAGUGGCCUGCGUUCUCGAACGGCGCGUCCCGCUCACCCGAUACGGAGCCGUUCAAGGGCAAGGGGCGCGAGGAAGACGAGGACGAGCACCGCGUCGCGGAGCGCAAGCCGUCGUUCCGGUUCUUCACCUCGCUUGGGCGCAAGGGCGGCGUAGCGUAGGCGUAGGCUUAGGCUUAGCUAGCAAUGCAGAGUGUCGAGUAC